AACGGGGGAGAGGUGGGUGAGAGAUGGAAAGCAGCGAAACUUGCUGAUAAACUGUUGUGGCGCAGAAAGCAGGGAUAUUGUCGCAGACGUCCUGAGGUGGAAAUCUGUUGCUCUUUGAGGAAGAAUGUACUGCAGGGGCGUGUGCUGUAACCACUGGUCAUCUGAGGAGAGCUUAGAUGGGAAAACAGUUGUCAUCACUGGAGCCAACACUGGUAUAGGCAAAGAAACUGCCAGGGACCUGGCAAGAAGAGGCGCACGCAUCAUCAUGGCAUGCAGAGACCUAGAGAGGGCAGAGGAAGCACGGACAGACAUUUUGGAGGACACGGGAAAUGAGAACAUGGUCAUUAGAAAACUUGAUCUGUCUGACACCAAGUCCAUCAGAGCCUUUGCUGAAGUCGUCAACAAAGAGGAAAAACAAGUGAAUAUCCUGAUAAACAAUGCAGGUAUUAUGAUGUGCCCCUACUCCAAGACAGUUGAUGGGUUUGAAAUGCAGCUAGGUGUCAAUCAUUUGGGUCACGUCCUGUUGACUUUUUUACUGCUGGACCUCAUCAAGCGUUCUCCUCCGGCUCGUAUUGUCGUCGUGGCGUCGGUGGCCCACACCUGGACUGGGCUUCGACUGGAUGACAUUAACAGUGAAAAGAGUUACGAUGCCAUGAAGGCCUACGGGCAGAGCAAACUGGCCAACGUCCUCUUUGCGCGUUCACUCGCCAAGAGGUUGCAAGGUACAGGGGUGAGCGUGUUCUCUCUGCACCCGGGCGUGGUUCAGUCUGACCUGUGGAGGCACCAGCACCAAUGCAUCCAAGUGGCGGUGAAGAUCUUAAGGAUUUUCACCAAGACAACAGUGGAGGGAGCGCAGACUACCAUCUACUGUGCUGUAGAGCCUGGCCUGGAGAGCCUGAGUGGAGGGUACUUCAGCGACUGCGCCCCUGCGAGGUGUUCGAGAACCGCCUCUGAUGAUGACUUGGCACAGAAACUGUGGGAGGUCAGCUGCAACAUGCUUGGGAUCACCUGGCAGUGAAUAAGCAUUUAAGCAGCUGCGCAGUGAAGACACGGUGUGCGAAAACAUGCUUUAAACAGCACUGUUAAACACUUUUAUACAGGUAACAGGAUUGAUCCAAAGAUCAUUAUAUUUUAUAAAUAAUCAAAA